AUGUACUACGCAACAGAUGGGACAAUUGUGGCCUUGACUGCCAUGUUGGGCGUCAUCAUGAUUGCUCGGUUGCAUGCCAUGUAUCAGGGAUCCAGAAAGAUGCUUGUCUUCCUUGUUAUUAUCUUCCUGGCUGUAAACAUCACAUGCGGAGUAAUCGCGGCAAUAGGACUAAACGAUACUGUAGCAGAUGAGUCGAUACUCUCUGGCACAUAUAUGUGCUAUUUUGUACAUGGAGGGAACGACCAGCUUCUGUAUUCAAUGGUUUGGAUCCUCAACACUGUUUGGGAGGUCCUCGCACUGUGUCUUUCAGUUUGGGUUGCUGUGAAACACUUCCGUGAGCUGCGACGACUCGGCCCAUCGACAGGAUCGACCAUCGGGGACUGUUUCAGAGUGCUGAUACAAUCUCAUGUUCUGUAUUUUGCAAGCUUUGUUAGUGUCUCUUGCCUCCAGCUUGUUAAUAUCUCUCCAGAAAUCUGGAAUUCGAAUUCUAUUGGACCUCAGAUACUCUAUGGUGCUCUUUUGAUUUUAUCCGUCGUGCAGAUGUUUGUGCUAGGACCACGCCUCGUCCUUAGCGUUCGAGAAUACCACGCUAAACUCAUGGCAUACUCCGAUGCAGAAACUAGCCUGAAUUCGAUUGUUUUCCAGGAGCAUGUACAUGUAUCAACUAGCAGUACUGUGUAG